AUGGAUUUGCUGUUGUAUUUCUCUAUAGUAGCAUGUGGAUUCCUGUCGUCCUUUGCCUCGAGUGAGGAUUUGCAAGCCCCCAACUCCAGAAGACCAUUAUUGUUGCGUAAUGAUAAUUGGAGACGGACACGGAACCCUUUCGUGGUGGUGCAAGCCAGUUCACCCCGAAGGUUGACGAGCUCUCUGUUUGAUCCACUGAGCUACCACCUUGGUAGCGAUCCCAACGAUAUCGAUGCCGACUUUGAUCCAGACUUUUUCCCGCGUCCCACCGAUCCCGACAGUGCCGACGACAAUGAUACAACGACUCCCAAUAACAAUGGGGAUGGUCAGCUGCCGCAUACACCCGUUAUAUACCGAUAUUAUUCCAAGCGACGAUCUCGGACACGAGCUUCGGGAUCCAUCCCAUUUAUUUUGCUUGGGUCCAAUGUGGAUCACUGGAGAACGACGGGGGAACAUCUGGCAGCCAGGGGGUUUAGUGUGAUUGCUUGCGAACAAGAUCCGCUCGAACCAGAGGAAAAUAAUGGAGACGAACAAGCCAUCAAUGGCAGCAGCAACAACAACAACAAUAAUAGUAAAGACAGUGCUGAAACAACAACAACAAAGUCAGAUCAAGAAUGGUGGAAGGGAACGGAUGGAGAAGCAGCAUGCAUGAUUUCCAAUCUACUACAACAAUCGAGAUGGACCAAGGCCGUCUUGGUGGCUUCUGACUCGGAAGCAAUUCUGGCCAUUCAGGCAGCCUACGGUCUAGCACCCGACAAAAUUGCGGGCCUCGUCUUGGUGGGAGAUCUCACAAAAGUCGAAUCUCUCUUGGCAGAAAGCCAUCCAAAUCUGUGUCAACAAGAAGGAAACUUUGCUGUGGAUGCAUUGCUCAGCCAGAUUCUACCUUGUCCCUUUGCCAUUGCUUGGGAUGGAGAAAAAACAACACAGCCCACUCCGUCCCAAUACGAUGGAAGUAGCCCGGCAGAAUGUCUUCAGGGAAAUCGAUGCUUCAUUCUGGGAGGAGGCGUGGCUCCUCAUCGGCGACAACCCGAAACGUUUGGCUGGACAUUGACACGUUUUGUAGAAGACAAAGUGGCACCGUCCAUUCCCACCAUGGCCGGGAAACGAAGACGGCGAGUGCGAACGAAAACGUCAUUGCCCAGAAUACCACCCGCCAUUACCCGCUUUCUCAGUUUUGAUUACAUUCCAACGGGAUCCUUUGUCGUGUACGGAAGAAUUGUCGCCAGUGCCCUGCUGUAUGCAUCCAUGCUCAAAGUGGGCAUUUACCAAUACGCUCGAUUUCUCGAUGGAAUGGUAUACAUGAAAACCAACUACGACGUUUUGCAGAGCGUUCGCCGAAAGACCGUCGGUGUCAUUUCUGGCUUUUUUGUCAACUAUGGAUACAUUCCACUCUUGUUUCAAAGAAAGGGAGACGAGCCAGAGCUCGAUCCUGUAGAGUACGUUACCGAACUGGAAGCAGAUCCAAUCUUUGAAAAUAACACUGAUACCAACAUAGGAGAUAAUACAACAACAACGAAUGCAGACCCCGAUGAAACCUACCCACCCAAGGAAACAGAAGACAGCAGCGAGACGCAGGACGGCGGACCUGUGGAUGAAGGACAAGAACCUUCAGAGGACAAGCCGGAAGAAAAGGAGGAGGAGACGUACCGUUUUCAGCCGCUCUUCUUCCUUGACAGGGUAGUUGCCAAGGCUGCUACUACUCCCCCCAACAAUACACCUCACAGAGAGGACCGAGUUUGUUAG